GUGGGCGAAGUGGGUACACCAACAAACAAACACCACGGCCAACAUUCCACGUAUACCCCUUUUCUGCUAUCACCGCGCCUACUACAUUGGCGACGGCGAACGAAGCCACCACCCCGGCGAGAAUAAGCCGCUUCGCCGCAGCCGAGGGCGAGGAGGCGGGGCCCGCCGUUCAACAUGGCGUCGUUGUCCUCGCCGUGGGUUGAAUGGGCCGGGGAGUACACCAAGGCGGCGCAAGCGGAGGCGCUCCCGCCGAAUGAGUGGGCGGCGCGGGUGGCCACAGCGGCGGCAGCCGCGGGGGAAAGAGGGGACGUACAGUUUUCGGCGGGGCUGGCCGAAAUGCUGGCGCGCGUGGUCCUCUCUGGGGAAAGCAGCGGCGCCGCCCCCGCCGCGGCGUGGAAGUACGCCGAGGCUGCCCUCGCCGCGCGCCUCGCGUCACCGGCGCUCCUCCUCACGCUCCUCUCCUCAAGGGUCAUUCCUCAACGGGUGGCAAGGCCAACAGCGUAUCGACUUUAUUUGGAGCUCUUGCGGAGACAUGGAUUCAAAUUAUGUUUUCAGAUGAAAGCGGCAAAUUCCAACAAGAUCAGGCAGUUAAUAGAUGAUAACCUUAACCUCUCCCAGAUAUUUGGCUUUUCAGCAUGUGAACCAGGAGUCUUUAUUGUUGAAUUUGUCCUUUGCAUUUUAUGGCAAUUGGUUGAUACCGCAUUAGAUGAUGAGAGUCUGCUAGAGUUAACCCCAGAAAAGAAAGCUCAAUGGCCAACUAGGCCUCAAGAUAUUAGUGCAUUUGAAGUUUCUUUUUCGGAACAAAAGCCAGAGAAAAUUGAGAAAUUACAGAGGAUGAAUAGUGUGAUAACUAUAGAGCUUAUUGGACAUCUUCUUCACAAUAAAGUAAUUACUCGCAUCCUCUCAUUGGCACGCGAAAACAUGCAAACUCAGUGGGGACUAUUCACUUAUCGGUUACGAUUACUUGUGGCAAACUCAUCCACCUUACAAGCUUCGACGAUGUCCUUGGUAGCAUUUCAGCAGUUGAUUCUAGAUGACCACAAUGUCCAUGGCGAAAAUAAACAUAGUUUGCACAAAAAAUUCCACCCCAUGGUGGCUUCUAACCCUCUAUCUUCUCCAAAUGGACAUUGCCUUGGUGGUAGUUAUUCUGCACUAUGGACUCCUAUCGAUAUGUAUCUUGAGGAUUGCCUUGAUGGCUCAAUUGCUGCCACAAAUUCCAUUGAGAUUUUAAGUGGUUUGGUCAAGGCACUUCAAGCAGUCAAUAGAUCCAGCUGGCAUGAUGCAUUCAUGGCCCUUUGGAUAGCAUCAGUUCGCCUUGUACAAAGGGAACGAGAACCGAUUGAAGGUCCUGUGCCUCACCUUGAAACACGACUAUGCAUGCUUUUGUCUAUUGCAACACUUGCAGUUGCUGACAUAAUUGAAGAAGCAGAUUCACGUUGUGGUGAAACUGACCUCAGCAGUCACUGGAAACAAAAAACAGCAACUGAUGAUCUGCGUAAGGAAUUGAUGUUAAGCUUACAGGCUCUUGGUGAUUACGAAAGUCUGCUUGUUCCUCCUCCAUGUAUCAUCUCGGCAGCUAAUCAGGCUGCUUCCAAAGCUGCAAUGCUUGUUUCAGGAAUUAACAGUAGCAGCGGCUACAUGGAAAGUAUCAAUGAAACUGGAAACAUGAGGCACUUGAUUGUGGAGUCAUGUAUCUCAAGAAACUUAUUGGAUACGUCAGCUUACUAUUGGCCUGGUUAUAUUAAUGGUCAUGUCAACUCCAUGUCUCAUGCAAUUCCUAGCCAACUUGCUGGGUGGGCGGCCUUCAUGAAGGGUACACCAUUAACUCAGUCACUGGUUAGUGUGUUGGUCUCAAGUCCUGCUUCAAGUAAUAAAUCACUGAAUGAAGCUCAUAAACUUGAUGGAAGCUUAGCAGAGCUCGAAAAGUUAUUUGAAGUUGCAGUCAACGGAUCAGAUGAUGAUAAGGUGUCUGCUGCUACUGUUCUCUGUGGAGCAACCUUGUUACGAGGUUGGAAUUUUCAGGAGCAUACAGUUCGCUUAGUCGUUAAAUUGCUCUCACAUUCUGAUCCUGCUGAUUAUUCUGGUAGAGAGAGCCAGUUAAUAAAGCAUGGUCCAAUGCUUAAUGUUAUUCUAACUGGAAUAUCACCCGUAGACUAUGCUCCAAUCUUCUCAUUCCAUGGUUUGGUUCCAGAACUGGCUACUGUGCUCAUGGCGAUAUGUGAAGUUUUUGGGUGUCUUUCCCCAAGUGUUUCAUGGACGCUGGGAGCAGGGGAGGAAAUAUCUGCUCACACGGUCUUCUCAAAUGCGUUCAUUCUUCUGUUAAGACUAUGGAAGUUUAAUCAUCCACCACUUGAAUAUUGUAUAAUGGGAGAUGGUGCUCCAGUUGGCUCACAACUAACUCCUGAGUAUCUUCUGUUAUUGAGGAACUCCCAAGUUCUUUCUGCCAGCAGUUCAUCCAAAAGUAGAAGCAGCCAGAAGCAAUUACCUGUUACUUCAAGUCGAUCAUCUCAGAACCCUAUUUUUAUGGAUUCUUUUCCGAAGUUGAAAUUGUGGUACCGGCAGCACCAAGCUUGUCUGGCCUCGCCUCUCUCUGGACUUGCUCAUGGAACACCUGUACAUAACAUUGUAGACAGCCUUCUCAACUUGAUGUUCAGAAAGGCCAACAAAGGAAGUACAUCUAUUGGCUCUGUAUCUGGUAGUAGCAGCAUAAGUAACUCCUCUGGUCCUGGUGAUGACGGUUCACAUCUUUGGCCUCAGUUACCUGCUUGGGAAAUACUAGAAGCUGUUCCAUUUGUGGUUGAUGCUGCUCUAACUGCUUGCUCCCAUGGAAGACUAUUUCCGCGUGAACUGGCUACAGGUCUCAAAGAUCUAGCUGAUUUUCUGCCUGCAUCUACUGCAACAAUCGUAAGCUACUUUUCAGCUGAAGUGACACGUGGUGUUUGGAAACCUGCAUUCAUGAAUGGAACAGAUUGGCCUAGCCCGGCUGCCAAUUUAUCCAUGGUUGAAGAACAUAUCAAGAAAAUUGUAGCUGCUACUGGCGUUGAUGUUCCAAGACUUGCCACAGGAGGAACUACUUUGGGUAGACUUCCAUUGCCACUGGCUGCUUUUGUGAGCCUCACCAUCACAUACAAGCUUGACAAGGCAUCCGAACGUUUCCUUAACCUAGCUGGUCCAGCUUUAGAGAAUCUUGCUGCUAGCUGCCCUUGGCCAAGCAUGGCAAUUGUCGCAGCACUGUGGACUCAAAAGGUCAAGCGAUGGAGUGAUUUUCUAGUCUUUUCAGCAUCACGCACGGUCUUCCACCAUAACAAUGAUGCAGUUGUCCAGCUCCUCCGAAGCUGCUUCACUUCUAUUCUUGGCAUGUCGUCAACAUCAUUAUGCUGUUGCGGAGGUGUUGCUAGCCUUCUGGGUCACGGGUUUGGCUCUCAUUGCUCUGGUGGUCUCUCACCAGUUGCACCAGGAAUUCUCUACCUCCGGAUAUUCCGGUGCAUCAAGGACUGCUCUAUACUUGCAGAAGAUAUACUUUCUCUGCUGAUGCUUUCGGUGAAAGACAUAGCUGAGACAACAGUGUCCAGGCAUGGAUCGGACAAGCUAAAGAGGACCAAGUAUGCAAUGGGACAUGGAAAGAUCUCUCUUGCUACUGCAAUGACACAAGUUAAGGUGGCGGCAUCACUUGGAGCGACACUCGUGUGGUUAUCAGGCGGUACUACCCUUGUCCAGUCUCUGUUUCAAGAGAUGUUGCCCUCUUGGUUCCUUUCUGCGCAGGAUCUGGACCGAGGAGGAGCCAGUGGAGGAACGGUAUACAAGUUGGGUGGCCAUGCACUUGCCUACUUUGCAGUGUACUCUGGGAUGUUCGCAUGGGGCAUCGACCCGACACCAGUGUCCCGGCGUCGAGAGAGGGUUAUGCGGUCGCACCUGGAGUUCCUAGCAAGCGCAUUGGACGGAAAGAUCUCUCUAGGCUGCAACAUGUCCCUGUGGCGAGCCUACGUUUCAGGCUUCCUGGGGCUGGUAGUGGACCGCGCCCCCUGCUUGUUGCAUGAGGUCGACCUCAAGGUGCUCAAGAAGCUUAGCAUUGGGCUCCGGCAGUGGAAAGAGAAGGAGCUUGCCGUGGCCAUCCUUUGCAGGGGUGGACCGGAGGCAAUGGGUGUUGCCGCAGAGUUGAUAUUGGAUAGCGAGUGGUGACCGACUCUGAAGUUCCUGGUAAUUCUUCGUCAUCGAUGUUGCUGACUGUACAUAACCAGACGACGAUCGUGUGUAUGCCUCUGGAAUGCUGUUAGGUGUUCUACUCUCCCUAAUACCCCAAUAACAUCUGCUAACCGCUAUCUCUAUCUGUGGACCGUGGAAGUAACUGCUCUACAAGAUUUAGAUCAUUUAUGCACAAGCAUGCGCUGGAAGAUCUAGCUAGUCUCUACAAAAUUUAGCUCAUCUAAUCGGAUCCUAAUUAACUGACGCACACUCUCUAAACAGGUUUUUGCCCUGCUUUAUAAAUAGCAGUAUCAAUAAUUGCCGAA